CAUCCCCUAUGCGCGACGCCUCGCGACUUGCGGGGCCCUGAUCUACGGUACCUAAUGAUUUCUCUAUCACGGCGCACCGCUCCUUAAACCUUCAGACCUCGCAACCCCUACGUCGCGAUCAUGGCUGCAACGAAUCGCGAUCUAGCUGCUCAUCGCAAACGGAGGAGGAGGAGAAGGCAAGACAAGCCCGCCAUCUCAGCGAGGCUAGUGUUGGACAACCAUGUGAAAGGAGAUAUCGGUAUCUUAUCCGAUGAUCUAUUCGCUGAUCUGUUUCCUCACUUGCAAGACGACUCUAGCGACGGUGAGACUAACCAGGCCCCCGAAAUUUACCAUGUUGCUAUUGCUCCUUGGACGCCGUCCCCGAGUCCUCAUCGAACAAACUGGACUAUAGUCCCAAUCGCUAAAUCUACUGCCCUCGCUCACUCGACCGUCCAAUUCUCCCCUUCGUCUCUCGCUUUGCAAAGUUUUGCGACUACCUUACAACAGAUUGCCCCCUCGAAGCUAUCUAGUCAUAGUCGGAGUGGCAUUGAAGUAUUAGUGUUGGAUGUUACCGCUUUACCUCUAGAUACCGUCUUCGUGAACCUCGAGAGUGACCUUGUGAAGAGACUAGAAGAUGGAGAAGGCACUUUCUUCACCGACCAUCCCUCCGGUAAAGAGAAAGCUGUUGUUGGAAGUGAUACUCCCUCGGAUAGGCUCGCAGCUGCGUUGCGCGUGGCUCUGGGCACCUUGAAAGUCGUUCAUAAUGGUGAUCUAUUCCCUUUACCAUUACCACCGCACCCCAUCACUCAUGUCCCUUCUACGCCGGGCAAGGUAACACUAUGUGAACCCGUAGCACAGGGUAUUCUAGCGCCAACCACCAAAAUUAUCCUGACAAGAGGUCACGGUCAGUCAAAGCAGGGGCGGAAAUCAAUUGCUCCACCACAGGCCUUAAAUAACGUCCAGGAGGAUGAUGACGCGGCGACCGAUCAGUUUUAUUCCGCUGCCGAAGAACGCGUUAAAACGGAUGCGCCAAACGACACCUCGGACUUUAUUACGGAAACGGAUACAGAAGCAUCGGAUCCCGAGAAUGAGGAUGAGCUCUCAGAUGACUCAAUGGACGACAUCAUAUCUCUCCAAGCCCCGGCGCUGCCCUCUACAAAUGCGAGUGGCAUCUCUACCAUGCAGCCGGGAACCCCCAUGACAUUAGGGCGCGGGAGAAAGACCAACGGUAUUGCCUCUCCUACCUCGGUCUUCUCAAGCUUCACUGCUACUACUGCUCGUCCGGAUCGUCCCAAAGGUCGACUCUUCAAGGCCCAUGGUUUGAUGAACCCGAUACCUUCAGAAUUACUUCACCCGAAGCCGACGGCCGAGGACGACGAAGAGGUACGAGUAUACGUGGAUAUCAACUCCUUGACUAGGAUAGGGUGCUUUUCUGGGGACUGGGUUCGCCUCGAGGCUUCAGAGGAGCCUCCCACAAAUGGCAUUGGCCUGUUCGGCCUUGGCAGUUUUGGGCAACCUGGUUUAGAAGAGCCAACAUGGAGGCCAGCCAAGAUUUAUGGACUUCCUGAGGGAUACUCACAUCGGCCCAUGACGAGAAUUCCAAGUUCCAAGCACGACUUCGGCAACCGAAGAACAUCCUUUUUCGAAUCACAAGUCGUAAAUUCGUCGGGGCCUGGCGCAUACAUGUCUCCUAUACUAAUCGCAAACUUGGAGAAUGCGCCGUAUGUUCGAUUAUCCCCCUUAAAAAAGACGGCGCAUCCUCCAAGGCCGGGCCAGUCAAAAAUUACCGGCUCCUCUCGUCCGCCUUACGCUCGGGACGUCACCCUUCAGCAAAUUCGGACACCCGUAUCUUCCGAGAAGGCUCUUCAGACAGCUAUAUUUGGUGGCUUAAAAGAUCAUUUUUCGCGUAGCAUUCGCGUAGUUAAAUCUGGAGAUUUGAUCGGAAUUCCCAUCGAUACACAGCUUGGGAGGACCCUUCAAGAAUCAACUACUGCCGGUGACGGCCUUGCGCUUGACGAUGUCGUAGCUCUUGCGGCCUCGAACAAGUCUGGCACCGGCGUUACAUAUAAACCAGAUGCAGUUGCCUGGUUCAAGGUGGCUCAUAUAGAACGUCAGAAAUCAGAACCUAUCGAUGAAGAGGACGAAGAAGAUAUAUGGAAUGGCGUGGGUUGUGUCGACAGCUCCUUUACUCAGAUUGCCCAAUCUGGAGGCAGUACCAGCUCUCUCCCUGGUGUAAAAGACAGCAAUUGGCCAUAUUAUCUAGGCGUCGAGGAAGCCCCCCAACCUACAUCUAAUCUCUUGUCUCCUAUGGUUCAGCAACAGGCAAGAUUUACCUCGCCUCUUAGGCGACGGCUAAGGGAACUUAUGGCAGCUGCUACGAGUAAGCGAGCUGUUCAUCUUAAGAUGCCUCCUAUAGCUAUUCUUCUCGUAUCGACCCAGCGCAACAUUGGCAAGGCAACUGUGGCUACUGGUGCUUGUGCAGACAUUGGUCUACACACAUUCACCAUCGACGCCUACGACAUCGUCAACGACAGCGGAGCCGGGGGUAGCGAUGUCAAAACGGAAGGACUUCUAAAAGCUCGGGCGGAUCGUGCCAUGACUUGCGGUCCCGAAUUUUGCGCUCUCCUUAUUCGACAUAUCGAAGCACUCACGGCGGACAGAAUGGUCAGUGCGAUGAAGGAAGUACUCAACGACUCUAGAGUCCUAAUUGCGACGACUACCGAAGUUGACAAAGUGCCGGAUGGCAUCAGAGGACUCUUCACCCAUGAACUCGAGAUGAGCGCUCCAGAUGAGGGUGAACGUGAGGGCAUUCUACGGUCUAUUAUCCAAAAUCGGGGGGUAUCUUUAGCACCCGAGGUUGAGCUGAGUGGUGUUGCUGUCAAAACCGCAGCCCUUGUCGCCGGAGACCUGGUUGACGUGGUUGAACGUGCGAUAGUUGCGCGUGACUCGCGUCUCGAAGUAUUAUCAGCGAAAGCUUCAAACGAAAAUUCAAUCGUCACCGUUCGUGAUAUACAAGUCUCAGGUGGUUCAUCCGCGAGGUGUCUGACUAAGGCUGACUUCGAUAUUGCCGUGGAUGCAGCACGAAAGAAUUUCGCCGAUGCCAUUGGUGCUCCGAAGAUUCCUAACGUUACUUGGGACGAUGUUGGAGGUCUCAACAAUGUUAAGGAUGCAGUCAUGGAGACUAUUCAACUGCCCUUGGAAAGACCAGAGUUAUUCGCUAAGGGAAUGAAAAAGCGAUCCGGUAUAUUGUUCUACGGCCCUCCUGGUACCGGCAAGACCUUGCUUGCAAAAGCAAUUGCUACGGAGUACAGUUUGAACUUUUUCAGUGUCAAAGGUCCUGAGUUGCUUAACAUGUAUAUCGGAGAAUCCGAAGCAAAUGUUCGCCGAGUAUUCCAACGAGCCAGAGAUGCGAGGCCCUGUGUCGUCUUCUUCGAUGAACUUGAUUCAGUCGCUCCUAAGCGAGGAAACCAGGGCGACAGCGGAGGUGUUAUGGACCGUAUCGUGUCUCAGCUGCUGGCUGAGCUAGACGGUAUGUCUGGGGGAGACGACGGAGGUGGUGGUGUGUUUGUCAUUGGCGCUACAAAUCGGCCGGAUCUGCUUGAUCAGGCGUUGCUUCGUCCUGGUCGAUUCGAUAAGAUGCUCUACCUUGGCGUUUCCGAUACGCACGAGAAGCAACUCAAGAUCAUGGAAGCCUUGACAAGAAAAUUCACUCUCCACCCGUCUGUCUCGUUAUCCGCUGUCGCCGAACAUUUACCCUUCACCUACACAGGUGCCGACUUCUACGCUCUAUGCAGCGACGCCAUGCUCAAGGCUGUUACGCGGCAGGCAACGCUUGUAGACACUAAGAUCCGCGCCAUCAAUGCGGAACGAGAGAAGGAAGGACAUGCACCCAUCUCUACAGCUAAUUUCUUCGACCAUCACGCCACCCCCGAAGACGUUGCCGUCAUGGUCACGGAACCGGAUUUCCUCGAUGCAAACAGGGAGCUAAUCCCUAGUGUCAGCGCUGGCGAGCUCGCCCAUUACGAAAGAGUCAAGGCCACGUUUGAAAACCAGGAUAGUAAGCAGCAGCAACCCCACCAACAGCAGCAGCAACAGAGCGAUGAAACACCUCCUUUGGUAUUCGACGGCGGUGGUGGCAGUGGAUCUGGAUCCAGGUCCGUCUCGGGCAGCAAGGGUAAAGGCAAAUCAGUGGCAAUAGAUAAUAAGAGUAAGGGAAAAGGAAAAGCGAUCGCCACCAGCGACGAGGAGAGCGACAACGGCGAACCAUAUGGGAGCUACGGUGGAAGCGUCAAUGGAAAGUCCAAGGGGAAGGGCAAGGCGAUCGCUAGAUUCACGGACGGGACUGCGAGUGAUGAUGAUGGGUUAUAUUAAAUUAUUGAACUGAUCUGAACUGACAUGAGUCUAACUGACAUGAGUCUGCUCGACCACAAAUACGAAAAAUAUGAAAAAAUGGUAAAAGGGGUAGGAAUCUUAACGUUCUUAACCCUAGUACCAAGGAGCAACCGAUAAAUAAGGUAUAUUAGGGAGAAGUGAUUAAUUAGAUAGUAUCUACUAUUAAUCUGGAGAGGAGCCU